CUUGCGAGGACGCUAUUGUAGCACAAAUGUCUAUAGAAACAGUGGGAAGCCUUUGGAAUUGGACAUGCGAACCCGGUGGUUCUGCUUAUGUUCGACGUCACUGCAUCGCAUUCCUUUGUUCUGAUUUCUCUCGAAUUUGUUCUUCACAUUUACUUUUUGAGCUAGAAGAAGAUUUACUGAAGAAUUGCCUGCUUUCCGACUAUGUUCAGUGUGCUGAAGUGAAAAUCCUGGAAGCAGUAAUACGAUGGGGUGAGCAUGAAUUGAUGCGACGAAUGGAGGAACGAGAACCAAAUUUGAUCGCAAAUACCAGCCAUAGUAUCAGCAGAAAAGGUAUUCGCCGUUCUGAGUUGAAUGACGAAGAGCUGAAGAGUAUUUUAGCAAAUUUACUGCCUCUUGUUCGGAUCGAUUACAUUCUUCCUCCAUUUCACCAGAGUUUGAAUGCUGCUUAUAAACGGGGUCUGUUGGAUAGAUCACCACACGUGGAUUUAUUAGGCCAACGUUAUCCAGAUAGCAGAUCGCCAGAUGUGAAUCCUGAUGCACACUGGUUUGAUCAUAGUGUACCACGCCGGCAUUCUGCUGGACCACGGCUUCUAUUACCAUAUAUUAUAGAAGUUCGGAAGCAAUUGAAACGUUUGUGUAGAAAUGGAGAAAACGUAUCAUGCACAUUGCAGCAAGAAACUCUUGCUGAUGAGCUGCAACUUUUUGUCAAUAAUUUAUCGCCGGAAAUCAUUUCCGAAAAUUUAAAACUAAAGAUUGAAAGGCGUGUGAAGGAAUUAGCUGGAGGUGAUUUAUUGAAGAAAAUAUCCUGCUGUGGUUGUUCGCACCAUCUUGAGUUAGCCAUUGAGCAGAUUCGUCUUCGCGUACUUCGAGAAUUAAAUAUGGAUGACGAUUGUGUGGAAGUUUCAUGUAUUUGUUCAGCAUCGGAACGAAAUUUGCUGCCACAUUAUUAUUCCAGUCAACCAACAGUAGCUGUUGCCUGCGAUGUCGUCAAUACUGAUAUCUCGCUUUCAUCCAUAGCUCUUUCUGACUACGAUAAACGUGGGAAAAGCUGUUUACCAGAUGUACUGCACAAUGAAGCCACCACUUUAUAA